AUGAAAGUAACAUACGGCUCUGCCGCCUCUGGCGCGGGCAACAACCGCGACAUCCCGCUGAGCGAGGGUGGAGACAUCAACCCCAAGACCGGCAAGCUGUACAAGGCGGGUGACUUCGCGCACGGCGGCAUCGGCGCGCCGGAGGUCAACGAUGAGACGUAUGCGAAGACGCACGGUGGUGAUGACGCUGUGCGCGGGAACGUGCGGAACUAG